UGCAGUGAAAAAUGCACAAGCCUUGUUUCAGACAUGAAGCUUGUUGCCUCUCUGGGCACUUUUUCUUCGGGUCUGAUAUCAGAGUUGGUUCAACAUCCAGAUCGUGAGCUAAUGCGGUUUCAUUGCCGGGUUGUUGCUGUCAAUAUACUGGUUUUCACUAACUGUAAAAAAGAUGUCCAUCUCCCAUUGGAGUUCCGUUCCAGGCAGCAUCAAAUUGACAUUCCAAUUGCUGGUUUUGUUUUGGAUGAUGGAUCAUUCCCAUGUUGUUGUUGGGCAAAUGCUGAAAGAGCAUCGACCUUGCUAAAGUUGCAUGAAGAACUUCCAAAGGGAGCUUACAAAAGCAAUGUCUGGACGUUAAAGGGGUUUAAGAUGGAUAAUACUCGCUACACCAUCAGAUAUCAUCUUGAGAGAAUUUUAGAGAAGCAUGACACGAUUACAGUAAAAAACUUUGGAUCACUGUUCGAUUCUUCUUGCCAGGACCUUGUUGUUUCUGUCAGUUCAGAUAACACCCUCAGUGGCUCAGAUGAGAACUUCCUCAGAUAUGUUGUCUUCAAUGCUUGCUUUGGCCCAUUUUGGACGAUUGUUGCCUCAUUUAUGGAUUCAGAUGCUGUUGGCCAGUUGGAGAAAGAAAAACUCUUGCAUAUGGAGAUGAGUACAAGUUCCAUGCAAAACAUAUGGGCCAAAGAAGUUCGUCAUACAAACGCUUUUACCGAGGCCAGGGAUGUGAUUCAAGAACUCUUAGACAGAUAUAGCUGCCAUGCGUCUCCAUAAGUCAAGAUGUCUUGUGGACAGUAUUGGCCUGCGGGGCCAAUAUUGCGGAGGCCUUAUGGCCAGGAGGUUGAGCCAUGUUCUUUCGGUCCGCAUGCGGAAUCCCCCACGUGAGGCACACCGUGUGACAUCCAAGGGCCCCGUGGUGCAUCCUAGGCACACGAGGAGCCCAACGUGAGUUGGCUCAAGGGUCAGCCACACUCACGGGACUCGAUGAUCAGCAGGACACGGAGGGAACGUCGUAUACAUGACCUGGGCGGCCUAGUGUGGGGCUGCAAAGUCGGGGAUGAGUUGCUUGGGCAACAUGCUUGUGCAGUUGGAGUUUGUUGGCCUAGGGGCUUGGCCUUAGACUUGGGGAACCCUUAGGGCCGUGGUGCACAAGAGAUGCGCUAAGGAUUGAGACGGAUCAGC